AUGGCGGCCGCAUGCAUGUCAACAUGCAUAGCGGACGAUGCCCGCAUGCCCGUUAGGGCAACAUAUGUCAACCUCUACAAAUGGCCUGAUUCUGACCGGGAAUUUGUCCGGUCAGUCAGUAGAAACAGCUCAAACAGCCACGGGGACAACCGCGAAAGCCAGGCCGGCCACCCGCGGUUGGUGGAUAGUAUUUCUUGUCGUCAAGUUUACCUUAAAAGCUACACGUUUUCAAGAAAAGAGAGCUUGAAUGAGAGAACCAUGAAGUGUUUUGGAAGAGUUAAAGAAAGUGGAAAACCGAGGAAGAAGUGUACUUUGGCUUCGAUAUUUCGUAGGUUGCUAUCUUGCACUACAAAAGUUGAUGUUGUGGAUUGA